UAAUGAUAAGAAUAUGCUCCGCCUACAAAAAACAAACUGAAGCCAUAACAAUGGGGAGGAGAUCAUGACAGGAAGUAGACAGUGUAUUUCUCUGUAUGAAGCACUUAUAAGGACAUUUUGAGAGCUAAGAGCGAGAGAGAAAGACAGAGAAGCACAAUGGUUGAACUCAGAUGGAUUAAAAUGUCUUUAUUUCUGAUACUGGGGCUUCAGUUUACAGCAGUAACUGGACAAACUUCCCUCUACAUCACUGUCAGAGAUGGAGAUGAAGUCACUUUAUCUUGUGAAAAUGUGAUGACUGAUCAGGAUAAAUGUGACAGUACUACCUGGAUCUUCAGUGCUUCAAGAAACACAGCAACAAUAGAGCUGAUUAACCUUGGGCAGAUUGGUGAAAAUGCUAAAGCUAAAUCAGACAGACUGAGUGUUACAGUGAACUGUUCUCUGGUUAUAAAGAAGGUCACAUUUGAUGAUGUUGGUUAUUACACCUGCAGACAGUUCAAAUCAGGACAACAACAAGGUCAAGACUCUCAUGUUUAUCUGUCUGUUGUUACCAUGACUGAACACAAGAACACUGAUAAGGUGACGUUAAACUGCUCUGUGUUGACAUAUGGACAGUGUAGACAGACAGUGAAGUGGGUGUAUGAGGGUAAUUAUUUGGAUGUUAACACUCAGCACAUGAAGAAGUCACAGUCUUCUUGCUUUGUCACUGUGAUGUUUACAACUUCCCAUCUUGCUGAGAUGUCAAAGUAUUCUGAGUCAUUCAAGUGUAACGUGACAGAUAAAAACACUGGAAAAGUGCAGCUGUUUGCCUUCAGCCCUCAGUCUUCAGGUGAGGACACUAAAAGAGCCGCAGCAACAAAAUCAACACCAAUGAAAACA